AUGACUGGAAGUGGAAGAACGACCGUUCGGAGCAGAGCAAAAUCCCUCUCCGACGCCGACGCUUACGCCGAUGCCAGUUCUCAUCGAAAAAGGAGACCUCUGUUGAAUCGACGCAGAGAGAGAAGCAAAUACGGAAGCUCCAUCCCGAUAUUCAACAGUACCAAUCUCAAAAUGGUGCUCGGUAUCUGCUUCGUGGCAUUCUUUAUCAUCUUCUUUAUGAUCCGCCACCUAUUGAAUUUCGCCACGGAACCGAAGCUUCCUCGUACCGUUACACCAUUUCCCGCGCCAAAGAUAAUGGACCUUCCUCAGUUUCAAGGCGAGCACAGGGAGAGUUUGUAUUGGGGAACUUAUCGGCCUAAUACGUAUCUCGGAAUUCGAGCCAGGACUCCCAAAUCUUUGAUGGCUGGGUUAAUGUGGAUUGGUGUGAAGGAUGGCAGAUAUCACUUGCGGCAUGUAUGCAGACAUGAGGAUGACCUAAAUACUUAUGGUUGGAGAAAGCACAAUGGACGUGAUUUUGGACAUCAAGUACUGGUUGACCAUGGCAUGACCUUGACUACUGGGUUUUUAAAAUCAAAAGAGGAAGGCAGUGGUUAUGGAGGGGAUUGGGCAGUUCGAAUUAAUGUGGAAAUUGACAAAUCUAAGUGGAAUGAGGAGUUUGGGAGAGGGGGUCAGCUCUUCUUCUAUUUGGCUGAUGAAGCUGGUAAUGCUCUAGACCUAGGUGGAGAAAACUUGAACAUUCAUGAGGAUUCUUUGCUUGCAUCUGGCACUCGGGAAGAUAUUGGAGAUUGGCAGCUACAUUUAAAAUCAAUGGAUGAUUUGGAGCUGCAUUAUUCAGGAUUUCGCACGCCUCACUAUCACAAUUUGUCUGAUCUUGUAGAGGAAAGUCUUGCAUCACAAAUAAGAAAGCAUGCUCGACUGCAGCUAUCUGACUCAUUAGAUGAUGCUCCUAAUGUUUUAGUUUUUCAGAUUAUUGGUGGAUUUCCUUUCACAACAGAUAUUGUAUUCAUCUCUGGAACUGAUUUAGAAAGUUCUAGAGAAGAAGAGCGUGUCAGUAUGCUUACAGGUACCUCACUUUCCAAUCAACUGAAAUAUAAAGAACAGGAAUUUGAUGAAAAGUUUGAGAAAAUUUUCAAUUUGGCCGAGAAGGUGGAUUCUGAAUCCAUAUCUGUUGGUAAGGCGGCCAUUGGAAACUUAUUAGGUGGCAUCGGCUACUUCUAUGGCCAGUCAAAAAUUGCUCUUUCAAAUUUUUUUAAUCUUAGAGAACAUGUCAAUUAUAUAUCUUAUUGGCCUGCUGAGCUUUACACAGCUGUACCAAGUCGAUCUUUCUUUCCAAGAGGAUUUUUAUGGGAUGAAGGUUUUCAUCAACUUAUAAUCUGGCGCUGGGAUAUUCAUAUCUCCUUGGAUAUCAUUGGACAUUGGUUAGAUUUGAUGAAUGUUGAUGGAUGGAUACCACGUGAGCAAAUUCUGGGGGCUGAAGCACUGAGUCGGGUCCCAGAGGAAUUUGUUCCUCAGCAUCCAACAAAUGGAAAUCCUCCAACUCUGUUUUUAGCAUUAAAUGAUAUAAUUAAUGGCUUGAAGAAUGAUGAGUUUACUGCAAUGGAUAGAAGUGAAAUCUCUCUUUUCCUGGAACGUGCCUUUGUUCGAUUGGAAGCAUGGUUCCAUUGGUUCAAUACAACUCAAUCAGGGAAACAGAUGAGCAGCUACUAUUGGCAUGGACGAGACAAUAGGACAAUGCGGGAAAUAAAUCCCAAGACACUGUCCUCUGGAUUGGAUGAUUAUCCACGAGCUUCACACCCAAGUGAAGAUGAACGCCACUUGGAUCUUAGAUGUUGGAUGUUACUUGCAGCAGAGUGUAUGCAUUCCAUUCAAGAAUUGUUGGAUAUGGAAAGCAAACCUGGCAUGGAUUAUGGUUCUACUGCUAAAUUGCUAUUGAAUUUUGAGUUACUGAACCAGAUGCAUUUUGAUGAUGCAUAUGGUGCUUACUUUGAUUUUGGAAAUCAUACCGAAAAGGUUCAACUUAGAUGGAAAGAACUAGAGGCUGGAAACUAUGCUACUCGACAACUUGUCCGGGAUGUUACAGAGAUACCUGUAUUGAGAUUGGUUCCUCACGUUGGUUAUGUUAGUUUAUUCCCAUUCAUGGGGAGGAUCAUUCCAUCUGGAUCAUGGAUACUGGAAAAGCAGCUUGAACUCAUUUCAAAUCGCAGCCUCUUAUGGACCAACUAUGGACUACGUUCUCUGGCCAAAACAAGUUCCUUGUACAUGAAACACAACACAGAGCACGACCCUCCAUACUGGAGAGGUCCAGUUUGGAUAAACAUGAAUUACAGAAUCCUUUCAGCGCUCCACCAUUACUCCAAAGAGAAUGGACCAUAUCAGGAGAAAGCUAAAGCUGUCUACGAAGAAUUGAGAAGCAAUUUAAUUAGAAAUAUAGUGCGCAAUUAUCAACAAAGUGGAUUUUUGUGGGAACAAUAUGAUCAGAUUAAGGGUAAGGGAAAAGGGGCACAUCCUUUUACUGGCUGGACAUCGCUUGUAUUAUUAAUCAUGGCGGAAGCAUAUGGCAAUAUUUAG